AGCGUUAAUGCUAGCGGGCAGAGACAGCUAACUGCCAGACUACAGUCGGGCUCGGGCUAGUGGGGUUAAGUGCGCGUAAGGUCGUGUGCUUGUGCACGACGGGUUACAUCUGUCGAACGAACUCAAUAAACGAAUUAUCAGCGUAGCAAGCAAUCUGUGCAUUUCCUAACAACAAUGAUAAGCCACGACGGUUACAACAACGUGGAUCAGGGCUACGACGGCUAUAUGGAACAAGAAGAGGAAUGGGAGAGAGAAGGACUCCUGGAUCCUGCCUGGGAGAAGCAACAAAAAAAGACAUUCACAGCGUGGUGUAACAGCCACUUAAGGAAAGCCGGGACCGGAAUAGACAAUAUCGAAGAAGACUUUCGCAAUGGCCUUAAACUCAUGUUACUUUUGGAAGUUAUUUCCGGGGAAACUUUGCCCAAGCCUGACCGUGGUAAGAUGCGGUUCCACAAGAUCGCUAACGUCAACAAGGCGCUAGAUUACAUCGCUAGCAAGGGAGUUAAGCUUGUCUCUAUCGGUGCAGAAGAAAUUGUUGAUGGCAACUUAAAAAUGACCCUUGGUAUGAUUUGGACCAUCAUCCUGCGGUUCGCAAUCCAAGAUAUCUCCGUAGAAGAAAUGACUGCUAAGGAGGGUCUGCUGCUUUGGUGCCAGCGUAAGACUGCUCCAUAUAAAAAUGUCAAUGUUCAAAAUUUCCACCUCUCCUUCAAGGACGGUCUGGCAUUCUGUGCUCUGAUCCAUCGUCACCGUCCAGAUCUCAUUGAUUAUAAUAAGCUCUCCAAAGACAACCCCCUAGAGAAUCUCAAUACUGCCUUCGACGUUGCCGAGAAGUAUCUCGACAUUCCAAGGAUGUUAGAUCCUGAUGAUUUAAUCAACACACCUAAACCUGAUGAGCGUGCCAUCAUGACAUAUGUGUCAUGUUACUAUCACGCUUUCCAAGGGGCCCAACAGGUAUCGAUUAACACAGCUAUGCCGGACGAACGAGCAGUGAUGACUUACGUUUCGUCGUACUAUCAUCGUUUCUCAGGUGCACAAAAGGCUGAGACCGCUGCAAAUAGAAUCUGCAAGGUCCUCAAGGUGAACCAAGAAAAUGAACGCCUCAUGGAAGAAUAUGAACGUCUUGCAAGCGACCUACUGGAAUGGAUCCGUCGCACCAUGCCAUGGUUAGCGUCGCGACAGACAGACAACUCUCUUGCAGGUGUUCAAAAGAAACUGGAGGAAUACCGAACUUAUCGUCGCAAGCAUAAACCACCACGUGUUGAACAGAAAGCGAAAUUGGAGACCAACUUCAACACGCUGCAGACCAAAUUGCGGUUGUCUAACAGGCCGGCCUAUAUGCCCACGGAAGGUAAAAUGGUUUCUGACAUUGCAAAUGCAUGGAAGGGCCUAGAGCAUGCUGAGAAAUCAUUUGAGGAAUGGCUCCUGUCCGAGAUGAUGCGUCUCGAACGCUUGGAGCAUUUGGCCCAGAAAUUCAAACAUAAAGCUGAUGCCCAUGAGGAAUGGACACGUGGUAAGGAAGAAAUGCUCCAAAGUCAGGACUUUAGGCAGUGUCGUCUCAACGAACUCAAGGCCCUUAAAAAGAAACAUGAGGCCUUUGAAUCAGAUCUUGCCGCUCAUCAGGACCGUGUUGAACAGAUUGCUGCUAUUGCUCAGGAACUUAAUACUUUGGAAUACCACGACAGUGUCAGUGUGAAUGCAAGGUGCCAACGCAUUUGUGACCAAUGGGACAGACUAGGAGCCCUAACGCAGCGUCGUCGUCAAGCAUUAGAUGACGCGGAAAGGAUUCUAGAAAAGAUCGAUAUUCUCCACUUGGAAUUUGCUAAACGUGCAGCUCCAUUCAAUAACUGGUUGGAUGGAACCCGUGAGGACUUAGUGGAUAUCUUCAUUGUUCAUACCGUUGAAGAAAUCCAAGGACUUAUUGAUGCACAUCAUCAUUUCAAGGCAACAUUGGGAGAAGCUGACAAGGAGUACCAAAGCAUUGUAGGACUUGUUAGGGAAGUAGAAUCUAUUGUUAAGCAGCACCAAGUACCUGGAGGGCUAGAGAAUCCUUACACUACUCUAACAGCCCAUGACUUGACCAGAAAAUGGGGAGAAGUUAGGCAGUUGGUGCCACAGAGGGAUGCUACUCUUCAGGCCGAACUUAGAAAACAACAAAAUAAUGAAAUGCUCAGGCGUCAGUUUGCUGAAAAAGCCAACGCUGUCGGUCCAUGGAUUGAACGUCAAUUGGAUGCGGUUACUGCUAUCGGUAUGGGACUACAUGGUACCCUUGAAGAUCAAUUGCACCGUCUUAAGGAGUAUGAACAGGGCGUAUACGCAUACAAACCACACAUUGAGGAGUUAGAAAAGAUACAUCAAGCUGUCCAGGAGAGCAUGAUCUUCGAAAACAGGUAUACACAGUAUACGAUGGAAACUUUGCGCGUAGGAUGGGAGCAGCUUUUGACGUCAAUCAAUCGUAACAUCAAUGAGGUAGAGAACCAGAUCCUUACCCGAGACUCCAAGGGUAUCACACAGGAACAACUGAAUGAGUUCAGAUCAUCUUUCAACCAUUUCGAUAAGAACAGGCUAGGCCGCCUAACCCCAGAAGAAUUUAAAUCGUGUCUUGUAUCUCUUGGUUACUCCAUCGGAAAGGACAGACAAGGCGAUAUCGACUUCCACAGAAUCUUGGCGGUAGUUGAUCCUAACAACACUGGAUUUGUGCACUUCGAUGCCUUCCUCGAUUUUAUGACCAGAGAGAGCACAGACACGGACACUGCAGAACAGGUCAUUGACAGUUUCCGCAUAUUAGCAGCUGACAAGCCAUAUAUCUUACCUGAUGAGCUCCGAAGGGAAUUACCUCCAGAUCAAGCGGAAUACUGCAUCCAACGCAUGCCGCCUUAUAAGGGACCCAAUGGAAUACCUGGAGCUCUGGAUUACAUGUCCUUCUCAACGGCCCUCUACGGAGAAUCAGAUCUUUAAGAAAAUCAUAUCUUGACACCUCUCGUACUGAGGUGAUAAUAAGAA